CCGAGGCCCGCAGCAGCGGCGGGGCCGCCAGGCGCGGAGGCAGCGCGGGGGGCGCGGCGGGGGCUGCGGCAGGGCUGCCCCCAGCGGCCCCUCUCCCCCCCGCCGAACAAAGGGGCGGAGGACGCUCCGCCGCUGCGGGAGGGCGCGAAGGCCGGGGCUGCCGCUGCCGGGCUCUCCCCCUGCCCGGCUCUCCCCCUCCCCAUCCCGGGGGGAGGCGCCGCGCCCGGCGCGGGGACCGGCCCGCCGGGGAGCCGCCGGGGAUUGGCUCGGCGGGCUGCGGGCCGAAGGUGCUGGGGGAAGCCAUCUGCAGCGCAGGCGGUUUCGCCCGCUGGCUGGGGGGAGGGCGGCUUUCCCUCGCCGGUGCUUCGGGCGAGAGGGAGGGAGCCAGAGCCGCGCACAACAUGGCCACUCUGCUGCGGAAAAUCGGGCUGAUCCGGCUGCACAACCGGGACACAGAGGACCCCAAGCACCACCACCACCGCAGCAGCCAGCAGGGCUCCUCGCUCAGGGGCAGAGGCAACCAGAAGAACAGCAACAACAAGCCGCAGCCGCAGGGUCCCCUCGGGGGCGGCGGCGGCGGCGGCUGCAGCAGCAGCAGCAGCGAGAGCAGCCCCGGGGGCCACAAGAACAAGAAGGCGCCGGAGCUCGCCAAGCAGCCCCCCCAGCCGCGCUCGGGCGGCGGCAGGGAGAAGCCGCGGGAGGCGGCCAGGGAGCCCGGCGCCGGCAAGGAGGCAGCGCAGCGCCCCGGCCCCGGCUCCGGAUCCGGCUGCGGGUCGGGGCCGGCGCCGCUGGUGCCGCUGCCGUCGGGGUCGGGGCCGCUGGCGCCCGUGGGCCGGCAGCAGCACUGCACGCAGGUGCGGACCCGGCGGCUGAUGAAGGAGCUGCAGGACAUCGCGCGGCUCAGCGACCGCUUCAUCUCGGUGGAGCUGGUCGACGAGAGCCUCUUCGACUGGAACGUGAAGCUGCACCAGGUGGACAAGGACUCGGUGCUGUGGCAGGACAUGAAGGAGACCAACACAGAGUACAUCCUGCUCAACCUCACCUUCCCCGACAACUUCCCCUUCUCGCCGCCCUUCAUGAGGGUGCUUAGCCCCCGCCUGGAGAACGGCUACGUCCUCGACGGCGGAGCCAUCUGCAUGGAGCUGCUCACCCCCCGCGGCUGGUCCAGUGCCUACACCGUGGAGGCCGUGAUGAGGCAGUUCGCCGCCAGCCUGGUCAAGGGGCAGGGCCGUAUCUGCAGAAAAGCUGGCAAAUCAAAAAAGUCAUUCAGUCGAAAGGAAGCUGAAGCAACAUUUAAGAGUUUGGUGAAGACCCAUGAAAAAUAUGGGUGGGUGACCCCGCCUGUCUCUGACGGCUGAUGUUAGCAACCUGCACUUAUAAAAAAUGCUGAACAAAAGUACUGUGACAUCUCCUCAGUGCUGUACACCACCCAUCCUUUUCUACUUCAGCUUCAGUUACAUACCAUGAAUGUCAAGGAGACAUCUAAGUUAUUUAUGAACAGAUGUGUUUACAGAGGGAGAGGAAAAAAAAAUUGGUGUGUAGGAUUAUAUUUCAAGACUGGAGAACGGUCAUCAUUGAAGUCACUUGAGCGGAUGCUGAGAUUGCGUCAUUUGCCCCCAUACAGCCCACAUUGUCUUCAGCUUCUUUCCAUGACAGCAGCACCAAACGGCAGUUCUGAAAAGUCUAUCCAUUGCUGCUCAGUUCAUUUAAAUGUAAAUGAAACAGUUAAUAUUUAAUAGGGAAGCAGUGCAUUGCAAGUACAUGUUUGCUGUGCUGUUUUAUCUUUGUCUCCUAGCAGGUCAACAUAACUUGAAGAUUUGUCUUUAUGUGGAACUGUGGUCUGCUGUGACUAAAUUUAGACCUCAUUUGUGCUCUAUAUAUGACCUUGAAUUCAUAAAUGAAACCAGAAUUAAAAUGCUGAAAGGUCCUAGUGUUGAAAAAUUAUUAAGUGGAAUCACCUGACUGGUUACAGUGUGCUAUCUAUGCUGAUAUUGUGAUGUGCUGUUCAGAAAUAAACCAGUGCAGUCAGCUGAAGGUUAGGUGGUUUUUUUAAACACAUCCACACCAGGAUUUGGAGUGGUUGGUGGUAGCAGAACCAUUAUUACUCCACCAGUACCUUCUGCAGUAGCAUGUGGCCUGUCAGUUCUUCAAAAUGGCAAAACAAAUUAAUGGAAAUGGACAAAGCAACCUUAAAAAUUAUCUGCUUAAUUUUAAAAUUAUAUGACAGAACAGAGUAAAAAUUUUCAAAGCAAAUGGAACGUGGUUUGUAAGAUUAUUUGCAUGACUGGAAUUUUCUUUUUUAUUUUCACUCAAUAGACAUUGUAUGUACUUAGAGCCCAGUAUCUGAGAAAACCCACUGAUGUAUAUAAAUGUCUUAUUAUUUAAUCAUUAAAAUUUACAUUUUCUGGUAAACAACUUGAAAAAAAACUUUCUAAAGGACUCCAUAAAAGCUGAAGGUAACGUUUAGAGUGGUAUAAGAAAAGCAUUAAAAAUGUGGAUUCAGAAUGGAAAAUCGUAUUGGACACAUGCUGAAUAAAAUCACCAGUAUCGUU